AUGGCUACUAUUGAUACUGGGCCAAUCCAUCCAGAUCCACUGUCACAGCCAGAUUCUGAUGUGAGGGUCGUAGAUGCUCUUGUGUUAUAUGAUUACAUUGAGCGACUCCUUCAGGCCAUGCUUGAUUCUGUUACUGCCCAUUAUUCACUUGAACAGGAUCCUGCAAAAGCUAGAGCCAAUUCUGCAUGUAUCGCCAUCAUCAAACGAGUGCCUGUCCUGCACGAAGCAAAGUCUUUGCAGGAACAACUGCUGGUCAUCAACCUGCCAGGUGAUGCGGAUGGUUCAAAUGAGUUUUCUGUGUUUCAUCGAUAUCUACAGCAUGCAUUCUCUCCUUUUUUUGAUUCUAAUGUUGGAUCUCUUUCUCGUGAUGACAAGGACGCCAAAAUGGGACUUUCCCUUGCAAAGAAAAAAGUUGCCGAGUUGGAGCUUUCACUUGUGCAGCUUCAGAAUAACGUUGCUAUUCCUGAAGUCGUUUUGAGAAUUCAUCCGGAAAUCAGACAAUAUGUGAUCGACUGUCAUAAACAGCAGGCCAAACCAGUCGUUGAAGGUCUUGGGGAUGUCACGUCAAACUCUCUUUUUUUAAACAAGCUUCAAAGCGAUGUUAAUGAAUGGAUCAAGGAAAUUCAAAAGCUUACUUUGCUUGAUCGUGAUCCUGAAUCUGGGUCUGCCCGACAGGAAAUCGAGUUUUGGAUUGCUUUAGAAAGAGCUCUCAACCAUAUAGAUCUUCAGCUGCAUAGCGACGAGAUCUUGCUGACUCUGGACACCUUGCGCGCUGCCAAAAGAUUUCAUGCUACUGUUAGCUUUUUGGCUGAUACAGGCAUUAAAGAAAAGACUGAAAAAGUUCAGCGUUAUAAUCAGCUUAUGAAAGACUUUCCAAUCAACGAUUUACUUUCCUCUACUGAUUUGGAUAAAAUUGGUGAAUCGAUUCUCUUAAUUUUCAGCCAUAUCAACAAGAAAUUCAAAAUCUCCCCUUAUCCCAUCAAACGUAUGCUUAAACUUAUCGAAGCAAUUUCCAAAGAUCUUAAUACCCAAAUGCUUAAAACAUUAUCUAGUAGUAGCAUCAUGAUGAUUCCAUGGGAAGAAUUUGAUUUUUGUAUUCGAAAAACCGAUCAGGUCUUUCGUAUUUGGGAAGAGCAACUCAAAGAAUUUAUCAAUGUGGCUCGUGAGCUUGUGCGAAAGCGGUCUGAAAAAUUUCUUGUUCUAAAAAUCAACUCGGCACAUGUUCCCUUGCAAGAACGUCUUAGCUUUGUUCACAUCUUUCGUCGCCAGCAUGAGGAUCUGUGCUCUACUAUUUUGAAAGUAAUCAAAAGUGAAUCUGCGUCAAUUAAACAAUCUUCUUUGGCUCCAACCAGCGCCUCUGCUCAGCGAACCAAGGAUCUUGAUUUGGAGGCUUCUGGUGCUCAAGAGGAUGUUGUUUCUGCCUUUGACACUAUUCGCAGUGUAAAUGUUCUUGAUUUAUCUCCAGAGGGAACUCAAAGCUGGGUAGCAGCUGAAAAUAUUUAUACCGAACGAAUUGCUCAGGUAGAGGGCCAGAUUAUUUCUCGUUUGCGUGAUCGUUUGGCUUCUGCAAGAAAUGCCACGGAUAUGUUUCGAGUAUUCUCCAAGUUCAAUGCCUUGUUCAUUCGUCCAAAAAUUCGAGGUGCUAUCCAUGAAUAUCAAACGCAGCUGAUUGAGCGCGUCAAGGAAGAUAUUCACCGUCUCCAUGAAAAAUUUGCUGCUCAGCACGACGAUGUUGAAAUGUUACGCAUGGUACGUUUGCGUGAUUUAAUGCCCAUAUCUUCUUCAGUCAUUUGGGCUCGGCAGAUUGAACGCCAGCUAGGUGAGUACAUGAAACGUGUCGAAGAUGUUUUGGGUCGUGGCUGGGAGCAGUAUGCAGAAGGUCAAAAGCUGAGUCAGGAAGAGCGUGCAUUUAAAAAUCAACUCAACACUCGUCCAAUCUUUGAUCGUUGGGUUGCCAACAUUUCCAGCCGUGAAAUCAAUAUUGGUGGUCGUAUUUUUGAUAUUACUCGUAAUCGUGCACGGGGAGGUGAGCUUCAACUCACUGUCAAUUUUGAUGACCAAAUCAUUGCGGUAUUCAAAGAGAUUCGUAAUUUGUUAUGGCAUCAGUUUGUUGUUCCUCAUCCUAUUGUCAAUGUUGCCAAGGAUGCCAAGCGAGUGUAUCCUUUUGCCGUCUCGCUUGCUGAAACUGUUCGUACCUGGGACAAGACACUCAAUCUACUUUCCCAAAACAAAUCAAUUUGUUGGUUGGUCGCUACAUAUCAUAAAAGCGUUCAGACACUCAUAUCCAAAGGCAUUCAGCUUCGAUGGGAUUAUUUUAUCAAUACAUACGAGGUAUUGGCUAUCGGUGCAACUGGAGAAAACAGGCAUGCAAUGUUUGUGCGCGAGCUUGUGCAUGCAGUAUCUCUAUUUCAAGAAAAAACUGUUGAUGCUAUAUCAAUCACCGAUUCGAUCAAUGCACAUGUUGAAGAACUGGCCACUAUUCCUUAUGAAAAGUCUGCAUUUGAAAAGUCUAUGGCAAACAUCCAAAAACUGGCAAGUCUUGUGCAUAUAUUUGACUCGUUUAAUAGUUUGCUCAUUCAAACAAUUAGCCAACUUAGUCUCGAGUCUUAUGCAAAUCUAAGUCAAUGGACCAAGCUUUUGGACACACGUAUUGAAACCAUUCUUUUACAAAGACUCAAAGGGGCGGUCAAGGUAUGGAUAUCAGGCCGAUUCCAUAACCCAUCCAAGGGUGGAGACAACAAAUCUACAGCCCACUUACAAGCACCUGAUAUAUUGGUACACGAACUUCGAAUUCGCAAUCAAGCCAUUUAUCUUGACCCCCCACUUGAGCAUGCUCGUGUGUUUUGGGUACGACAGAUGCAGCGCUGGUUUGGUGUGGUGGGUCAGCUUCGUCGACCAAGAGUUUUUGAAAUGGGAUUGGUUCAGAUCCAAAACGAUACGAGUUUGGCCAAUUUGGAUUAUUGCAAUCUGAUUUCUCGGUUGAGCAUUGAUGAUAUUCGUGGUGCUUAUCAAGUAAUUGAGAAUAUGUACAAUGAGGCAUCCACUUAUGUCAAAAAAUGGCUGCAGUAUCAAUCACUUUGGGAUCUUGAACCAAAUGCCGUAUUUGAAACACUCGGUGAUGAUCUUGAUUGCUGGGGGAAAACUCUAAUUGAAGUGAAAAAAGCUCGAUCCACAUUUGAUACUGCCACCACUUCCAAAACAUUUACCAACAUAAUUAUAGAUUAUGAUCAUAUUCAGACCAAAGUCAAUGCUCAGUAUGAUCAAUGGCAGCGUGAUUUGCUUAACCGAUUUGGUAGCAAAAUGGGUACAGGCAUGCGUAGUUUUCACACAGAUAUUGUUGCUGCACGUUUAGAGCUGGAGCAUAUUACUAUUGGCACCUCUACAAAUGACAUGGUUUCAUUUGUGAUCUUUCUUGAAGAUCUUCGGUCAAAGGAAGUUUUAUGGAGUGCGCAGGUUGCUACAUUUCAACAAGGACAAAAAAUUCUUGAACGACAGCGGUUUCACUUUCCAUCCAACUGGCUAUACUUUGAUCAGGUAAAUGCUGACUGGGGUGCUUUACGCGAAAUUCUUACUCGUAAAUCCCGUUUUGUUGAUCAGCAAGUGGGACGACUUAGAGAACGUGUGCAUGAUGAAGAUCUUGCAGUAGUCAAGAAAAUGAAGGAGUUACUUGUCGAAUGGGAUCAAAACAAGCCAAUAUACGGUGAAGUAAAACCCAGUGCUGCUAUUUCCAUUUUACAAACCUUUGAAGCACGCAUUACAAGCUCGUGUAAAGAUUUUGAGCAACUUUCUCGCGCAAAGAAAGCUCUUAAAAUUGAUGGUUUGUCUAAAAACUACUUGGAGCAUGCGUUGGAUGAACUGACUGAUCUCAGUGGUGUUUGGGGUGCGCUUUCCGCUAUCUGGACUGCUCUUGAUGACGUUCAAGACACAUUGUGGUUUGGAGAAACAAGUUGGUCUAUUCGACCUCGUUUAGAAGCUUUGAUCCAACAGCUCAAGGAUAUGCCGAAUCGUAUGCGUCAAUAUGCUGCUUUUGAACACACACAUAGUACUCUUAAAGGAUACAUUGCUAUUCAUACUCGAGCAUCGCGUCUUAAAUCGGAUGCUUUGCGCGAACGGCAUUGGGAUCGUAUUUUAUCCAUCAUUGGUCUCAAGUCUCUUAAUCAUAACAGUCUUACAGUUGGUCAUUUGUGGAACUCUACUCGUCUCAAGGAAAAGGAAAAGCUGAUUGACGAGGUACUUGAGAUUGCUGCUGGUGAAUUGGCACUUGAAGAAUAUCUCAAGCAAACAAAGGCCAUUUGGACAUCUUACUCGCUUGAAUUUACCAACUAUCAAAACAAGUGUCGUUUAGUAAAGGGAUGGAAUGAUCUUUUUACCAAAUCUGAGGAUCAUCUUGCAGCGCUUUCUGCUAUGCGUGGAUCACAGCAUUACAAGGUUUUUGAGGUAGAAGCCACUUUAAUCGAGGAAAAACUCACUCGUCUUCAUAUACUCUUGGAGGUAUGGAUUGUUGUUCAGCGUCAAUGGGUUUAUCUAGAAGGUAUAUUUAGCGGCAACAUGGACAUUCGACAGAUUUUGCCUAUUGAGAGCAACCGUUUUGUAUCCAUUGAUGCUGAAUUUAUGGCUAUGCUGCGCAAAGUGUACAAAUCGACUCUUGUGUGGGAUAAAUCAAUGGAAAGACUUGCAGACAUGCUUCAAGCCAUUCAAAAAUCACUUGGGGAGUAUCUUGAAAAGGAGCGUGCCAAGUUUCCCAGAUUUUAUUUUGUUGGGGAUGAGGAUUUGUUGGAUAUUUUAGGUAAUUCAAAGGACAUUACUCGACUUCAGCCGUACUUCAAAAAAAUGUUUGCAGGCAUUCAUUCGGUAAUUUUGUCGAGCGAAUCUUUGCAGAUUGAGGGUGUAUGCUCUAAAGAAGGCGAACAGGUGCUGUUUAAGCAGCCUGUAAUCAUCACGACUUCAACUAGAGUGCAUGAAUGGCUGAGUUUGAUGGAAGCAGAAUGCAGUCGAUCUCUUGCCAAAUAUGUAGAGGAGUCUUGCGAUAGCGAUGCUGCUGGAUAUUUAAGCCAACAAGUGCAGCUUCCUAUGCUUGAUGCUUGGAUUGAUUUUUACCCAUCUCAAGUCGUGCUUCUUACAGCUCAAAUUAAAUGGACGCUUGCUAUUGAAAAAGCACUGACAUCUUCGUCUAUUUCGUUGGAGCUUACUUUGCUUUUGAAGGCGGUCGAUAAAGGCAUCAACAUGCUUGCAGAGCUUGUAUUGAGUAAUUUGCCACUGAUUCGUCGCAAGAGAUGCGAAGGUUUAAUUACAGAACUGGUUCAUCAGCGCGAUGUUAUUCGCCAGCUUAUUUUGGCAAAAGUAUCGAGUGCACAAGAUUUUGAAUGGCUUUCUCAAAUGAGGUUUUAUUUUGAUCGAAAGGUUCUGGCUUUGCAAUCUCUAUCAGUCUGUCUUGCUAACGCAUCGUUCUAUUAUGGGUUUGAGUAUCUUGGUCUUCAAGACAGACUUGUUCAAACACCACUUACUGAUCGUUGCUAUCUCACUCUUGCUCAAGCACUGCAUAAUCAAUUAGGUGGUAGUCCGUUUGGGCCAGCCGGCACAGGAAAAACUGAGAGUGUGAAAGCUAUGGGGGCCCAAUUUGGACGUCUAGUUCUUGUUUUUUGCUGUGACGAAAACUUUGAUUUUCAAUCCAUGGGUCGUAUUUUUACUGGUCUCUGUCAAGUCGGUGCUUGGGGUUGCUUUGACGAAUUUAACCGUUUGGACGAACGUAUUCUUUCUGCAGUAUCACAGCAGAUUCAGUCUAUCCAAACCGGACUUAAAUCUCGCGAAGAGAUUGAUCUUGUUGGCAAGUCUGUAGUUGUGCAAAAAAACACGGGCAUUUUCAUCACUAUGAAUCCUGGAUACGCUGGUCGUUCCAAUUUACCAGACAAUUUGCGCAAACUAUUCCGCAGUGUUGCCAUGACGGUCCCGGAUCGUUUGCUUAUUGCACAAGUUAUGCUGUUCUCACAAGGAUUUCGCCAUGCCGAGGUGCUUGCAUCUAAAGCUAUUCCAUUCUUUGAUAUAUGCAAGGAGCAGCUAUCAGCACGUAAUCACUACGACUUUGGUUUACGUGCACUAAAAAGCGUUCUUAUGAGUGCGGGUAACUUACAGCGUAGUCGGCUUUCUCAACUUACUGAUUCAAGUCAAACCACGUCACAUAGUUUGGAAGAGUCACGGUUGGAACAAAGCGUGCUCUAUCAAAGCAUUCAAGAGACCGUCUUUCCCAAACUGGUCAAAACCGAUGUGAUUCUUGCAGACCGUAUUUUAAAGGACGUGUUUCCUGGCAUUCAAAGUACUGAUGUAUCAUUGGCUAAACUCAAACAAGAAAUUAUUGCUGCAUGUGAUCGCCACCACCUCAUAGUCACUGAUCAAUGGCUGGAAAAGGUCGUUCAGCUUUACAAUAUCCAAAACAUUCACCACGGUGUAAUGAUUGUUGGCCCGUCUGGGUCUGGCAAAUCUCUUGUUCGAAAAGUGCUUUUUGAGGCUUUGGACAAAAUUGAGAAUGCUGAUGGACAUGUAUAUAUUUUGGAACCAAAAUCAUCAAAUAAGGACAAACUAUACGGUUUCCUUGAUGCAACUACUCGUGAAUGGACUGAUGGUGUUUUUACUCAUAUUCUACGCAAGAUUAUUGAUGAUGUACGCGGAGAAAGCUCCAAACGACACUGGAUUAUCUUUGAUGGCGAUGUAGAUCCCGAAUGGGUUGAAAAUUUAAACUCUGUUCUUGAUGACAACAAGAUGCUCACUCUACCAAACGGCGAGCGACUGCGUGUUCCACCAAAUGUUCGUAUCUUGUUUGAAGUAGAGGACCUUCUUCAGGCUACACCGGCAACUAUUAGCCGUUGUGGUAUGGUAUGGUUUUCGGAUGAUCUUGUCACACCACAGAUGCUUGCUGAUCAGUAUCUCAAACGUACAAGGUCUCUUCCAAUUGACGAUGAUUUUCAUUCUGAAGUUUCUAUUGAUGGCAUGAAUGUCGCCGGAUUGAUCCAACCUGCACAGUUGCAGGUUGCUGAUUUGCUAGAGCCUAUGCUACAGGCUAAUGGAAUUUUAAGUCUUGCUUUAAACUUUGCAGCAUCUUUAGACCAUGUGAUGUUAAUCUCCAAAGCGCACGCAUUGUCAAAUUUGUUUUCGCUUAUGAAUGCUGCAACUAAAGUAGUUUUGCGAUAUAAUUCAACUCAUUCCGAUUUUCCGCUUGCAGCUGAUGCAUUAGAAAACUAUAUCACAAAGAGUUUUUAUAUCAAUCUUGUAUGGAGUUUUGGUGGCUCGGCUCCGUCAGAGUCACGCCAAAAGCUGGCUGAAUUUGUUAGUCGUAGAUGCACGAUGCCGCUACCUACGCUUUCCGAUACUGUACUUGAUUUUGAUGUAGAUAUAUCGAGUGGGACAUGGGUAUCUUGGUCUAGCGUUGUUCCAAUAAUUGAUAUUGAUCCACAGACAUUGACUAGAGCAGAUGUAGUUGUUCCUACAAUUGAUACUUUAAGACAUGAAAAGAUUCUCAUGGUGUGGCUUACCGAGCAUCGUCCAGUUAUUCUUUGUGGUCCUCCUGGUUCUGGAAAAACCAUGACCUUGCUUUUUGCACUUCGGAAAAUGGCUGAAAUUGAUGUUAUCCCACUUAAUUUUUCAAGCGAAACAACUCCUGAGAUGAUUCUUCGUGUUCUUGAACUCAACUGUGAGUAUCGAAAAACAUCCAAUAGCAUGAUCUUAUCUCCCAAAGACUCGGACCGCUGGCUUGUCCUGUUUUGUGACGAAAUCAAUUUGCCCCGCCAAGAUAAAUAUGGUACGCAGCGAGUUAUUUCAUUUAUGCGGCAGCUGAUUGAACAUGGCGGGUUUUGGCGAUUUGAUCGCACUUGGGUUGAUGUUCAACGUAUUCAGUUUGUUGGUGCGUGCAAUCCACCAACAGAUCCAGGUCGGAUUCCAUUGACGCCUAGGUUUCUUCGGCAUGCACCUGUAGUGUUUGUAGACUAUCCUGGACAGGAAUCGCUUAUAACUAUCUAUAGCACGUUUGCAAGAGCCUGCCUCAAGGUCCAUCCAAACUUGCGUGGCUAUGCCGAGGCUCUUACAGGUGCCAUGGUUGAGUUCUUUAUUAAUACUAAAAAGCGCUUUACACCAGACAUACAGCCGCAUUAUAUUUAUUCACCACGCGAGCUGUCUCGAUGGAUUAGAGGUAUCUACGAAAUCAUUCACCCAAUAGAUUUUGUAUCUAUUGAUAAUCUUAUCCGGACUUGGGCUCAUGAAGGUCUGAGAUUGUAUCAGGACAGAUUGGUUGAUGAUGAAGAAAAGAUGUGGACGGAUACGGAACUGAAUGCUGUUGCUUCUCGUUACUUUCCUGGGACAAGUGUGGAUACAUGUUUGCAACGUCCCAUUUUGUACUCUGAUUUUUUAUCAAAGCACUAUGUAUCUGUGGAUCGUAACGAACUUCGUGAUUUCAUCAAAGCACGCCUGCAAGUGUUUUAUGAAGAAGAGCUGGAUAUUCCGCUAGUGCUGUUUGAUAAAGCUUUGGAGCAUAUUUUGAGAAUCGACCGAGUGUUUCGACAAUCGCAGGGACAUAUGCUCAUUAUUGGUAUCUCUGGAUCAGGAAAGACCACUCUUACUCGAUUUGUUGCGUGGAUGAAUGGUAUCAAUGUAUUUCAAGCCAACAUGCAUAGCAAGUAUACCGCCUCUGAUUUUGAUGAUGAUUUACGGACGCUGUUGCGUCGCUCUGGUUGCAAAGGCGAAAAGCUGUGUUUUAUUUUGGAUGAGGGCAGUAUUUUCGAGUCUUCGUUUAUCGAGAGAAUGAAUACUCUUCUUGCAAACGCUGAGAUCCCUGGUCUAUUUGAAGGCGACGAGUUUACUUCGUUGAUGUCUGCUUGUAAAGAAGCUAGUCAGCGUGAGGGUCUUACACUUGAUUUACACGACGAGCUGUACCAAUGGUUCAAACAACAAGUUAUGCGUAAUCUACAUAUAGUCUUUACCAUGAAUCCGCCUGAUGGGUCAUUGACCAGUAAAGCUACAACUUCUCCUGCAUUGUUUAAUCGCUGUGUACUAGAUUGGUAUGGUGACUGGGAUACUCAGGCAUUUUUCCAGGUUGGGCAGGAUUUUACCCAUACCCUCGAUCUAGACGAUAAUACUUUUGUUCUUCCUCCAAAAUAUAUCACUAUGCUGCCGGGACUCAACAGUCCGAUUACAUUCAGAGAUACGCUACUUGAUUUAUUUGUCUACGUCCACCAGCUGCUCCGCAACUUGAACGAGAAAAUCAAGGCGCGACAGAGUGUACCUAUUUUUGUUACUCCAAGACAGUUUCUUGAUUUUGUGACUGGAUUUGUGCAUAUCUAUCGCAAAAAGCGAUUUGAGUUGGAGGAGCGGCAACGCCAUUUGAUUGUUGGUCUUGAUAAACUGCGGGAUACUGUCCUUCAGGUCGAAGAGUUACGAUCCAGCUUGGCUGUUAAAAAAAGCGAGCUAGAGAAAAAAACAAUCCAAGCAAAUGAAAAGCUUGAAAAAAUGGUUGAAGAUCAACAAGAGGCGGAAAGUAAGCGAAGUGCAUCGAUGCAAAUACAAACUGCGCUUGUAGAGCAAAACGCAGAGAUUGAAUCUAGACGCAAAGUUGUUUUGGCGGAUUUGGAAAAGGCUGAACCGGCCGUUCUUGAAGCUCAAGAGAGUGUUCGGGGUAUCAAGAAGCAGCAUCUCACUGAAGUUCGGUCUAUGGGAAACCCACCCAGUGCAGUUAAAAUGGCCAUGGAAUCUGUUUGUAUUCUACUCGGAAACAAAGUAGACUCGUGGAAAGCCGUUCAAGCCGUUCUUCGUCGUGAUGAUUUUAUAUCCAGUAUUGUAAAUUACGAGACUGGGUCGCUGAGUCGCAAAAUUCGGAAUGAGAUUUUUGCUACGUAUCUAAGUGAUCCCAAUUUUACUUUUGAAACUGUUAACAGGGCAAGCAAGGCUUGCGGACCUCUUGUGCAAUGGGUUAUUGCGCAAUAUUCCUACGCUGAGAUUCUUGAAAAAGUUGGGCCUUUACGUGAAGAAGUCCAACAACUUGAACAAUCAGCUGAAGAAACCAAACAAAAAGCAAGUUCUAUUGACCAGAUGAUCAGCGAGCUUGAACAGAGCAUUGGGGUUUACAAAGGAGAAUAUGCUGUACUGAUUAGCGAGACACAGAUGCUAAAACAAGAGAUGCAGCUGGUCAAGGACCGUGUUGAUCGAUCAAUGCGAGUUCUUGAUAAUUUGUCAUCUGAACGUGGUCGAUGGGAGGAGUCUCGAGAAUCAUUUGGACAACAAAUGGAGACGCUUGUUGGCGACGUGCUGCUAGCAAGUGCAUUUUUAGCCUAUGCAGGAUACUAUGAUCAAAAAGAUCGUAUGAAUUUGCUGCAAACUUGGAAGAACCAAAUGCAAAGUGCUGGAGUAAGAUACAACUUGAACUUGUCGCUACCAGAAUAUCUUGCUUCAACAGAGGAGCGCGCAUCAUGGAUCAAGAACUCGCUGCCUGCUGAUAAUCUAUGCAUUGAAAAUGCAGUGAUGUUGAAGCAGUGUCAACGAUAUCCAUUAGUGAUUGAUCCGUCUGGCCAAGCCUUGGUGUUUAUUUUGAACGAAUUUAAAACAAAAAGCAUUACUGUUACAAGUUUUAGAGACAAUGCAUUUUUAAAGACUGUGGAAAGUGCAUUGCGAUUCGGCAAUCCUAUAUUGAUUCAAGACGCAGAGGAUUUUGACCCUGUUAUCAACUCUAUUCUCAACAAAGAGUUACGUCGUAGUGGAGGUCGUACGCUUUGCCGCCUGGGAAAUAAGGAGAUUGAUUACUCUCCUACAUUUACUAUGUUUUUAUCUACUCGAAAUCCAUCACUGGCAUUCUCUCCAGAUAUUGCUAGCCGUGUCACGUUUGUCAAUUUCACCAUUACUCCCGCGUCACUUCAGCUACAGUGUCUUGAUCAUUUGCUAAAAGCUGAGAGACCCGAUGUGGAUGCUAAGCGAACGGAUCUUGUGCGGAUGCAAGGAGAAUUUCAAAUUCGUCUUCACCAUCUUGAAAAAGCACUUCUUAUAUCACUCAACGAAUCCAAGGGUAAUAUUCUUGAUGACGAUAAUGUCAUCAGCACUCUUGAAGUUCUUAAAAAAGAAGCAAGUGAGAUUGUAUCUAAAGUGCAAGAAACUGACAUUAUCAUGCAAGAAGUCGAGGCAGUAAGCUCUCAGUAUACACUCUUGGCCGAAUCGUGCUCAUCCAUCUACUUUGCAAUGGAGCAGCUUAGCAGUUUGGAAAGUAUAUAUCAGUUUGCGCUCAACUUUUUUUUCGAGAUUUUUGAAAAGGUUUUAAAAAACAACCCUCGUUUAGCUGGCAAGACAAGCAAGGCGGCGCGAUUGGAAAUUCUCGAGCAAGAUAUGUUUAUGACUGCUUUCCAGCGAGUGUCACGAUCGCUGCGACAGCACGAUAUUCUUGUUUUUGGAAUGCUCAUUGCACAAAUUAAGCAACAAAGCACUUCUGCGGCAAUUACUGAAACCGAGUUUUUGUUUUUGCUUCAUGGCAGUAACAGUGUUGUUCAUCAGGGAGGCAGUACGGCUCUUGAUGAAAUUGUAGGGCAUGAUGCUGCUUGCAAAUUGUCAGAACUGUGCCAAAUCAAACCGUUUUCUGAACUAGAGCACAGUAUUAUUGCCAACAAAGAUACAUGGAGACGACUUGUGCACAGUGAAUUGAGACCUGAAGAAAAGAUUCCCGUGUGCUGGAAACAAAACGACACGCAUGAUGCAUCAAGCAAUGCGUUUUAUUCGCUGUUGAUUAUCAAAUGUAUUCGACCAGAUAGAUUGAUGGAAUCAUUGUCGCUUUUCUUUGAAGCUGUAUUUGGAUCCACGUUCCCGAUUAUAUCUACAGAUGACAAACUUGCACGUGUGAUUGAAGAAACUACUGGCGUGACACCAAUUAUUUUGUGCUCGGAUUCUGGAUACGAUACAAGUUCUCGUGUUGAAAUUCUAGCUUCCCAAAGCGGCCAGCGACUGGUUUCUGUUGCUCUUGGUUCCAACGAGGGAUUUAAACUUGCAGAAACUGCCAUUGCAGGGGCGUUACAAUCCACAUCGUGGGUGUUACUCAAGAACGCACAUUUGUCGCUAUCGUGGUUAAGCCAGCUUGAAAAAAAAUUACACUCGUUUCCUGUAGGAAGUACAUUGAAGUUAUUCUUGACGUUGGAAAUCUCAUCCAAACUACCGCUUAACCUUCUCCGCCGGUCAAGAAACUUGGUAUUUGAGCCACCUGCUGGGAUCAAAGCAAGUAUGAGUGAAUCUCUUUCCAGUAUUCCACAAUCUCUUAUUUUGACGGGUCCAUCUGAAAAAACCCGAUUGUUUUUCAUGCUUUCAUGGUUACACGCAAUUAUUCUUGAACGUCUGAGGUAUCUCCCAGUAGGAUGGACAAAAUCUUAUGAUUUCAACGAUGCAGAUUAUGACAUGGCUCUUCAUCUCAUUGAUGCAUGGCUGGUGAAUGUCAGUAAUGGCAAAUCAAGUAUUUCUCCUAAACAAAUUCCAUGGACAGCAUUGAAGAGUUUGAUAUCACAGAACGUGUAUGGUGGCAAGAUUGAUGUUGUUGGAGAUCAAAAAACACUAGAUGUACUUGUAGAUGAAAUUUUUACUCCUGCAAUUUUCGAACGUGAAUUUGUGCUUGUAGAUGGGGUAGAGAGCAGUAAUGGUCUGGAGCCAACGGUAAUGUGUCCAGAUGGCAUCAAACUGGAGCAAUUUUCUGCCUGGGUCAAUGAGCUCAAAGAUACUUUGCCUCCAAGUUGGAUUGGCCUUCCUGCUGAUUCAGAUAUUUUAUUGAAGCAAUUCAAAAGUACUACAUUACUGAGUAAAUUGCGAUGCAUGAACGAGCGUUUAUCGAAUGUUGAAAACUCGGCAAAAACUGGCAAUCCAUCCAACUGGUCUACCACAAUGCGCGAAUUGAUUAAAAAGUGGCUCGAUAGCUUACCAAAGAAUUUGCCAGAAUUUAAUGCACCGGAUGCUACCGACCCACUGAUGCGCUUUAUUGGUUCUGAAACCGAAACGGCUGCAAAAUUACUUGCGACAAUUAGGUCAGAUCUUACGUCUCUUGACUUUAUUUUAGUUGGAAAAGAUCAGCAUACAAACAGUACGCGACUCCUUACAUCAUUACUUCGUCGCGGAGAGGUGCCUAAACAUUGGAUAUCCUACACUAUUCCCACCCUGUUCACCAUCAAUCAGUUUCUUGAUAAUUUAGUGGAGCGGUUGAAGCAAGUAAAAGAAUUGCAAGAGUCAGCUAUGGCUGGACAGCUUGAAUCGCUAAAGGUAUGGAUUGGUGGGUUGUUUUUCCCUGAAGCAUUUCUUACUGCCGCGAGACAGACUGCAGCAAAGCUUAUUGGCGCUUCGUUGGAGAAUCUUGAGCUGGCAGUGAUGUUAGAUCCAACUACUGAUACAGCCUAUACUCAAGGUGGUAUGCGUAUUGAAAUGAUUGGAUUGAAGCUUGAAGGUGCGAAAUGGACCGACAAAAAACUAGAUUUGGUUCAUAAAGUUGUUCCGGAUCCACUUCCACCUUUGAUUCUUGCUUGGCGCCAAUUGAAUGAAACAAAAACGGCUCCAUCAGGUAGCCCAAAAACAAUCAUUCACAUUCCUGUAUAUCUAAACUCGGAUCGCAAGAAUAUUUUGUUUUAUGUCAAUGUAUUGGAUCCACGUGUUGCGUUACUUACCAAGCGUGCUAUUGCAGUAACUGCCCUUUGA